GUGAUUUGCCUCAUUGGAUUUUAUGUGAACGCACAGUUUUACGACUGCAAUUGAUUUUUUUUGUUUUUUUUUUUAAUUUUUCGAAAAGAGAAAGGGGAAAUUCUCGUCGUAGACGAGUUUAGUGACGUGAUUUAUCAAUUAUUUUUUGUUGUGAGUUAUCAGUGACUGUGAUAGCAGGUGGUCACGCACACAAUGCUAGCGUAGCGGAUCUUGACGAUCGCGGCCCUGCGUGGCCGACACAUCAUGUCACAGUUCUCUUACAGAGGAUCACCAAACUUGCAGUGUCCUGUGACAGUAAGCGCCGCACUCGUUUCAUCCUCACCGUCACCCACUGUGCCAAUACUGAGCAUAGCGGCGGCGGCAGCAGCAAGUGGUAAUCAUUCCCUGACAACGCCAAUACCAAGUACAAGAAUGGCUGUAACUAGUGCAGUUGUUAGGCCACCAGGAAGUCCAACGACCUCGGUAAGUCCAUCCCAGCCACAUCCACCGCCAUCAAGUGCCAGUGGUGGGCCAGGACCAGGGACAAGAUGCUGUGAUACUGGUAGACCACUGUUCAAUGAUCCAAUAACGGGUCAAACAAUAUGCUCGUGUCAGUAUGAGCAGUCGUUACUCAGUGGUUAUCAGCGUCUCGGUGGUAUUGCACCAGCUGCAUUGUCAAUGUACAGUGCUCCUUAUGCAGCUGCAGCAGCGGCAGCCGAGGGAAUGGCAUAUCUUCCAACAUUUGGCGCUGAACAGUCACCUUUUUAUACGCCCACGGGCGCUGGCCUUGAUCUCAAGGAGAACCUAGGGGCCGGAGCAGCAUGGCCAUAUCCCUCUGUUUAUCAUGCCUACGACCCUGCCUUCGCCAGCUAUCCCUUCAAUGGUUAUGGAAUGGAUUUGAAUGGCGCUAGGCGAAAAAAUGCAACAAGGGAGACGACGAGUACGCUGAAAGCGUGGCUGAACGAGCACAAGAAGAAUCCAUAUCCAACGAAGGGGGAGAAAAUUAUGCUGGCUAUCAUCACCAAAAUGACACUGACCCAGGUAUCAACGUGGUUUGCCAAUGCAAGAAGAAGACUCAAGAAGGAGAACAAGAUGACGUGGGAGCCGAGAAACAGGGUGGAGGACGAGGAUAAUAAUAAUGAGGAUGACGACAGCGGGCGAAAGAGUGUAGACGAGAAAGAUCGACUAGACUCGAAAGACUCGGGAACGGGUUCCAGUGAGGACGGUGAGAGGCCUGCCCAUCGUCUAGACUUGUUACACGGCUCUGGUGGUGCAUCCGGCGGUUUGCCAGGUAGAACUGAGAGUGAGUGGAGUGAAUCGCGCGCUGAUAGUGGUCCCGACAGUCCUGAGUGUCUGUUUGAUCAGCGAGAACCUAGGCAUCCACUUCAACUCCAGCAUCCCGCGUAUUUGGCCGCUGCACACGGCCGGCUACUUCGUCAUCCAUCUCCUGAAAGCACAUCUCCCAGUGGUAUUGGCAGUGGUACAAGUCAUUUGCCACCGUCGACGAGUGCAUCGUCCACAGGAAGUGGACCCACCAAGCCUCGAAUUUGGUCAUUAGCUGACAUGGCCAGCAAAGACGGCGACCAGGCGAGUGCCAAUCCAGCUAUGACUGGUUUGGGCUCGCCUUACGGGGGUGGCAAUGGUGGGGGCAAGAUUGUCAGUCCCUUGGCGAGUCGACUACCACCUCAUCAUCCACUGCAUCCUGCAAUGCACUCGGGUGCGCAAUUUGUCAGGCCCCAUCCGGAUUUCUAUAGAAAUUUUUACAGUGCCUCUCACCUUGGCUCUGGUGAUAUGGCAUUGUUAGAGAGCUACUCGAGGACACUGGGUGGUCUGGGGGGUGUUAUGCCGCCCACAUGUGUUCCUGGUAUUCUCACAACAACCUCACCCUCGGUGUCAUCUGCCACGAGUAAUGUAAAACCGUUCUCGAUAAACGGUAGUACAAAUACCGGCCCUCCUGUCAUAUUGACUGCCUCAUCCGGUGUAUCGCCAUCAUCAUCAUCGACAGCGUCGUCUGGUAGAUCGGACCAACAGUCACCACAUCCAAGUGGUGGCAGUCAUCCACCGUCGGAGCUCAAGUCUCCUGGCCGUGUGUGAUUUCGUGAUAGCCGUUAGGUCGUGUCUGUAAAUUUAUUGUAAUUCAUUCUGAAAGAAUGGGGGUAAAACAUAUUAUCAACGGCACACGGCACAAAUGUUUUUGUGGCUGACAAUAAACAGACUCCAAAUAUAUCUUGUAAAUUAGUGUACAGUUUCAAUGAAUUUUAAUGAAGAGAGGAAUGUGAGAUACUGCCCCUCCCUCCCCCCUCUCCCUCCUGCUCACUCCCCUCACCCAACUCCUUUUUCUCUCUCAUCAUCGAAUCCUCGUUUGAGUACGAAUAAUGAAGUACAUGAGAGAAUGGAUUCCUUAACCAAAACUGAUUGUAGCCGAAAUUAUGAAACGAAAAUGGAGAAUGGAGAAACCGUAUACCCUAGCGACGAAUUCGAUAUUAUGUAUAUGAACCUAUAAAUAUACAUAUAGUGAUGAUUAAUAUUAUUAUUUAUGCGUUUGUAAAUAGUAGUCAGGGGGCUGGUCCAACGCCCAGCCACAAACGAAAAAAAAACAAAAGUGUAUGUAUUGUAUGUAGAGUAGAAAAAAAACAGCAUUAUUAUUAUUAUAUAAUCAGAAUCGUAAUUCGUGCUAAUUGAUGAUGAUUUGUGACGAGGACUGACCGACGAUUCUUAUAUUAUUGUUAUUGCAAUGUUUAAUAAAAAUGGAAAAAAAGAGUAAAAAAUAAAUACAAAAGAUCGACGCGGUCUCAAGGGUAUUGAUCGUUGAUCCGAGGCUGGCAUAAGUGGCAAAAAAACAAAUGUAAAAAGACAAACAAACUUUAUUAGUGAUUUUAUGGCUUCAAAAGCACAUUUAUUCAAAUUGAGACUCUGUUGCCUGUCUUGUUGCAUCGUACUCUUCUCGAUUUUACGUUUCAACAGAGUGAUGUUUAAAAUGAAAAAAAAAGGCCGCGUCGCACAUAUCACGUCGACAGUCAGCACGAUCACCAUCAAAACCUCUUAGUCAUUCGUGUCCAAAAUUCCUGAACGCCGGUGUUUUAACCAUGAAAAAGUCUCCCCUGAUUUUGCCACAUUGGUGAGAACAAUUGAAAAAGUUAUCCAACCAAAAGAGAAUCACCAGCGUGAAAUUUCGCAAUAAACGAAUCAUUAUGAAAGAUAAA